AUGGAUUACCUUAUAGGUACUUGCUACCAGUGCGCGAAGUGUCUUUAUUGCAAAGAAGAUUUUUUGAAAUCUUCAUGUGAAUGUGAUAAAAAUAUAGCACCUACAACACGAAAUCCAGAUUCAAAGACAAAAUAUAAUUAUAAUACAGAGUUUACAGAAAAUUUCAAAUUUUCAUUUUGCUUUGCAUGCAAUAGUAAAUGGUAUCGUAUUGGUAAAGCUAAACCGACAAAAUCAAAGUUGACUAAAUCUACAAAAUCAAAGUCGACUAGAUCAACAAACUCAAAAUCGACUAAAUCUAUUAGUCCUACCGAACAUGCCUCUUUUGAUACUAAUAAUCAUAUUACCAACAUAUCCGAAACCAACAAACUUGAUGAUCAUACAACUUUUGAUACUAAUAAUUAUAUUACUAACAUAUCUGAGACUCACAAGCUUGAUGUUCAUACAACUUUUAAUACAAAUAAGCAUAUUACCAAUAUACCUGAGAUCAAUGAUCAUACUGCUUUCGAUACGCCAAUAUAUGAUGAAUUCAAAGAUCUUUUAGAUGAAGAUGUCAAAGUAUCAGACUUAGAGAAUGACAAUUUUAGCAGACUGUUAGAUGAGUUGGAUAAUAAAGAUAAUAAGUAUGAAACGGAUUCUUGUGGUAAAUUCCAUUAUCAAAUUCUUUCGCAUAUUCAAUAUCAAUUAAAUGAUACUACUAUUACUCAAAAUGAUUAUGUAUUAUCAUAUAAAGUGACAAAAGAAACUAGGUCGAGAACUCAAAUUAUUAAUGAGAGUGACUUUAAAAGUUUCUUUGAAAAUUAUAAUCAGGCUACAAAUAGAAAAAAAGAA